AACAACGGUCAAAGGUCAAAGUUUGUUUUGGACAAUCAGCCUUCCAACACAUGACUGGGAUAAAUACAAAGUUCAAAUAUAGCCACCAUGGAUCUGUUUUUGAUUGGCAUCGUAUUUAUUGUUGUUGUACUUCUUCUAAUUAUUGUGUUAGGACUGACAUCCAGCGAGAAGGAAGGAAAUAUCAAAGACUUCCCGUCAAAAUACCCAGAGCAAAAGACGGCUGAGAAGGAGCAUUAUGAUGUCGCCAUUGUUGGAGCCGGCCCGUCAGGAUCAGUGUGUGGCUAUUAUCUGGGAAAAGCAGGAUGGAAAUGUCUCCUUUUAGAGAAGAAGAAAUUUCCCAGAGACAAAUAUUGUGGGGAUGCUGUGUGUAAGACUGGAAUCGAGAUCCUCAUGGACAUGGGAAUAUAUGAUCAGCUCAUCAAACAGAACAAAGCUCAUGUGUCCGACAACGGAGGCAUGUGCAGCCCUGGGGGGUUGAGCUUCAUCGGGCGGAGUCAGGAGGGGUUCGGGCCUGUCCCCGCAGCUCUCGCGUGUAAGAGAAUACACCUUGAUGAGGCCAUCGCCAUGGCAGCAAAACGGGCAGGAGCUGAUUUGCGGGAGGAAUGUUCUGUGGAUGAAGCUAUAUUUGACAAGAACAAAGGACUAUGGACUGUGACCUUGGACAAUAGUGACACAAGGUUUACAGCCAGGGUGUUAGUUUGUGCUGAUGGUGCACAGUCUCGCCUGGCAACCAAACUUGGGCUUGUGACGAGGCCUCCAGACAGCACAUGCUCCAGAUCCUACGUAGAGGGCGGCACACACAAGUUCAAGGCCGACGGUGUCAUCUUCUACAACAAGACGCUGCUUCCAGGUUACUCGGCCUUGUUCCGCCACCCCAAUGACGUCCUCAACUACUGCUGUUACAUCAUCCCCGGCAACCCCGAGGUGAAGGGCGAGGAUCUGGCCCACUGGCAUGAAUGGCUCAAGACAAACGAUCCAAACAUCAAGAGAGCUCUCGGCCCCGACCACAAGAUAGAGAGGAUGAAAGCUGCAAGUCUACGUAUUGGGGGAGAGAAAGUGUCGUAUGGAGAUCAUGUGAUAGUCAUCGGUGAUGCUGCUGGAAUGAUUGACCCGAUGACAGGAGAGGGCAUCCAUCACGCAAUGGAGGCAGGUCAGAUUGCAGCACAGUUCCUGCAGGAGGUACUACUGCAUGGUAAUUAUGACAGCGAUGUGAUGAAGAUCUUCCACCAGAGAUGGAUGAGCAAGUUUGGCUAUGACUUCUGGUGGUCAAUGAUAUUUGCACAGCUUGUAUUCCGGUUUCCAAUCCUGAUUGAUGCAGCAACAGCUGCUGUGAAGAGAAAAGGAGACAAGUUCCUUCUGAAAUGGGCAGACAUUAUGACAGGUCGCGUCCCGAAACUGCACAUGCUGAAACCUGAGUUCACAAUCGUCAUCACGUACGAGCUAGUUCGACUCAUCAUAGGAAAGCUGUUCAGGUUUGGUGGAAAAGACAAGAAAGAAGAAUAACUCAGGACAAUUAUACAUUUUUUAAAAGAAUAUUCCAUGUCUUGUUGAAUCUAUUUCGGCAGAUAAUCCUGACUGGUUAUUCUCUUGAAUUGACAUUUUAUAUUUAUUGUAAGAUAGCAUUUCAGCCAAUGCAGCAUUAUCACAAUUCUACGUUUUUAGGGGUUGGACGAUUCACUGAUACAUUGAUGCAUCUUGAUAUGAUGAAUUUCAAGACAAAUAUUGUAACUUUGGAUUAUGUACUAAUACAUUGAGAUUAUUAGAUAUGUGUUUCAACUUGCCAAUGCGAUAAAAAACAUAUCCUACAGUGCCAAAUUAUUUGAAGUCAUGUUUGUGUACAGAUACCACCACACAUAGAGAAACAUCUAACUUUAUUGGGAACGUGAGGAAAAAGUGUUUUGAGCAAGUAGACAUUGCAUCAGUCUUAAAAAAAGUAGUUCAAGAUGACCUCAUUUGUAUAUUUCUUGGAUGGUGAUACCAAGUUUAUCAGUUUGGUUUAUCAUUUGAUGAUACUAUCCAUUUUGUGAUGGAUACCCCCUCAUAUUUAUUGGUGUUCCUUGUAGCCCUAUAGUGCUAUGCUCGGUUAAUUUUCAGUGCAUCACACCAUUGCCAAUGCAUGGGUUUGUCCCAAACUAAGAGCUCUCAGCAGGCAAAUUGGGGGGAAAUCAUUAUUUUGUUCAACAUGCCUAAUAUUGGGAUUUUUUAAAGUUCAUAUUGUCUUGAAGAGGUAUUUUGGCCAUCUCUUCUCAGAAUUGUGAUCAAUUAAGUAUUCUAAAACUAAGUAUUAAAACCUCUUGCCCUUUAUCAUUGCCUCUUCAAGGUCAUAACAUUAGUUAGAACGAUAUUAACAUGAAUUAGGAAGGUUUUUAGUUUCAAAUUUGGAAUUUUUGCUGCCAUUUCCUGGAGACAUGGGGCCGAUUAUAUCAGCCUCUGGGCAGGCCUGGAUAAAUCCCAGCAUUGUCACAAAAGAAUUGAUUGUUGAGGGCACAGAAUGCAGCAGCAGAUUUGAUAUGUUUGUUUGUUUGUUUGUUUGUUUGUUUGUUUGUUUGUUUGUUUAUCCAAUGUUAAGGGUAUGUGACAGGGGUCUGUAAGUCAUCAGGUCUGGACCAAAUGUCCAGUGAUUGAUAUUAUGUGCAUUGAUCCACACAAUUGGGAUACGAUGACAUGCAUUAACCAAGUCAGUGAGCCUGACCACCCUAUCCUGUUAGUCGCCUCUUACGACAAACAUAGGAUACGUUUUGUUUUGUGAUGCAUAUCAUGACUUUGUGUGUUGUCCCAACCCUGGAGUGUUUGUUAAAUACCUACCCUGCUGAUAUCUAUGUAUAUAUGCACAGAACUAAUGUGGUAAGUUAUGAAUUGUUGCUAUUCUAGUCACCAAGCUGUUUUCUUAAGUGCAUGCUGUCUUCAGCAUCAUGUCAGCUUCUGGAGUAAAACCGACUGAAAGUCAGAUGAAGAGUUGUUGAGUACCCAUCGUACUGAUGCUUAUUUCUUGUUUCUUUUGUUUGUUUGUUUGUUUGUUUGUUUGUUUGUUUGUUUGGUG